CCGGAGGACGGUCUUUGGAGGAGCUCUGAUCCGGUCGUGAUGAACCCGUUUGACGGCUCCGGUUCUCCCCGGCAUGAGGCGGACGGCGCGGACAGCCUUGGCGCGUGGAGCCGCCUCUCGGCCUGGAUGGAGUGCGUGUGCGUCGUCACGUUCGACCUGGAGCUCGGACAGGCCAUCGAGUUGGUGUUUCCUCAGGACGUGAAGCUCACAGAGAAAGAGAAAACCAGCAUCUGCUACCUGUCCUUUCCGGACUCGUACUCAGGAUGCCUUGGGGACACUCAGUUUAGCUUCAGGCUGCGUCAGUCGGUCGGUCGGCGAACUUCGAGGUUCAGAGACGAUAUUUACAACAGAGAUGCCCCCGUCACCCUGCAGACUGAAGUGUCCCAUUUCUUUGGUUACGUCUAUUUCAGACAAGUGAAGGACGUCUCUGUAAAGAGAGGGUACUUCCAGAAGUCUCUGGUCGUGGUCUCCAGGUUGCCGUACACUCACCUGUUCCACUCGUUGCUGCAGAUCGUCGCUCCGGAGUUCUUUGAGAAACUCGAGCCAUGUCUGGAAGCAGUCUGUAACGAGAUCGACCAAUGGCCUUCACCUGUACCUGGACUGACCCUCAACCUGCCAGUGAUGGGCGUGGUCUUACAGGUGCGGAUUCCCUCCAAAUCUGACAAACCAGGAGGAAGUCCAGUCAGACAGAUGGCUCGAGAGGACCUCCUGAAGGCUCCAACGGUGCUGCCCAGUAUCCACGAACUGGACCUGUUCAAGUGUUUCCAGUCGGUCCUGAUCCACCUGCAGAUCCUCUGGGAGCUUGUGUUGUUAGGGGAACCGCUGGUCGUCAUGGCGCCGUCUCCCACCAUCUCCUCGGAGACCGUGCUGGCUCUCGUCAGCUCCAUCAGUCCUCUAAAGUUCUGCUGCGACUUUCGUCCAUACUUCACGAUCCAUGACAGCGAGUUCAGAGAGUACACGACCAGGACGCAGGCCCCACCUAACGUAGUUCUGGGCGUUACCAAUCCAUUCUUCAUCAAGACUUUUCAGAACUGGCCUCAUGUGGUCCGACUCGGAGAACUCAAGAUGGCGGGUGACUUACCGAAACAAGUGAAAGUGAAGAAACUGUCCAAACUGAAGACUCUUGACACUAAACCAGGGAUCUACACAGCGUACAAGACGUUUCUACACAAAGAUAAGAUCCUGAUCAAACGACUGCUGAAGGGGAUUCAGAGGAAGCGGCCGUCGGAGGUCCAGAGCGCCAUCUUGAGGCGACACCUGUUGGAACUCACUCAGAGCUUCAUCAUCCCGCUGGAGCGGUACAUGGCGAGCCUGAUGCCUCUGCAGAGGUCUGUGACUCCAUGGAAGACCCCUCCACAGAUCCGACCCUUCAGUCAGGAUGAGUUCAUGUCCACUCUGGAUCACACCGGGCCUCAGCUCACAUCAGUGCUCAAAGGUGAUUGGAUGGGACUGUACAGGAAGUUCUUCAGGUCUCCAAACUUUGACAGAUGGUAUCGACACCGGCACAAAGAGAUGACGCAGAAGCUGGAGAGUCUUCACCUGGAGGUCAUCUGUGAUGCUGACCUGCAAGGCUGGACCAAAGACAAGUCUGAGGUGGAGAUUGUGGACCUGAUACUGAAGCUCAGGGAGAAACUGAAUAAAGCUCGACGGCAGCAGCUACAGGUGAAAGACGGCGUGUUGGACAAACUAGACGAUUUUAUAAACUCUAUGAUCCGAACACUGCCAGAAGACCUGCACAAUGUCCUGAACACACACUGAACACACACACACUGAACACACACUGAACACACACACACUGAACACACACAC